AUGGGUUUAAUGAAAUGGUACGACAGCCAGGCCCAGCCGUCCUCAAACCUUUCGGCAAUGGACGUCCGUAAAAUGACACCCGCAGACCGGGAGCGCAUCCGGCACACCUAUGCCAACCAGCACCCAUCCGGUCUACCGGUAAAUCCGUCGGUUCUGGGCUGUGAAAUGUCCGUAUUGGACGGUGCUGAUAAUAUGGGCUAUUCGGGCACAAUGGGCACCACCCGGAGUGCCUCAGCUGUGGCUUUAAACCACCAAACAGCGAGGACCACCUCAAGUAGCCCCAGAACUUCUGCAGCUUCAAAUUUUUUGCAGAAUUUCAAACGGAGUGUGUUGGUGUAUUGA